GGCCCCGGCGCGGCAGCCUCGAGCCCAGCCCGGAGCGCAGGGCGGCCGCGCAGCUUCCCGCUCCCCUCCCGGUGCGCCGGCCCAUGGCGGCCGCGGGGCGGCUGUGGCUGCUCUACCUGUCGGCGGGGCUCCUGCCGCGGCUCGGCGCCGCCUUCAACUUGGACACCCGCGAGGACAAUGUGAUCGUGAAAACCGGGGACUCCGGGAGCCUCUUCGGCUUCUCGCUGGCCAUGCACUGGCAGCUGCAGCCCGAGGACAAGCGGCUGUUGCUUGUGGGGGCCCCACGGGCAGUGGCCCUUCCGCUGCAGAAGGCCAACAGAACAGGAGGCUUGUACAGCUGCGACAUCACCUCUCGGGGGCCGUGCCCACGGAUUGAAUUUGAUAACGACGCUGACCCUUCAUCAGAAAGCAAGGAAGAUCAGUGGAUGGGGGUCACUGUCCAGAGCCAAGGUCCAGGGGGCAAAGUUGUGACAUGUGCUCAUCGAUAUGAAAAAAGGCAGCAUGUUAAUACAAAACAGGAAUCCCGAGACAUUUUUGGAAGGUGUUACGUCCUAAGUCAGAAUCUCAGGAUUGAAGAUGAUAUGGAUGGAGGAGACUGGAGUUUUUGUGAUGGCCGAUUAAGAGGUCAUGAAAAAUUUGGCUCUUGCCAGCAAGGUGUAGCAGCUACUUUUACGAAAGACUUUCAUUACAUUGCGUUUGGAGCCCCAGGCACUUACAACUGGAAAGGGAUCGUUCGUGUAGAGCAAAAGAAUAACACUUUUUUUGACAUGAACAUCUUUGAAGAUGGGCCUUAUGAAGUUGGUGGAGAGACUGACCAUGAUGAAAGUCUAGUUCCUGUUCCUGCUAACAGUUAUUUAGGCCUGCUGUUUUUGACCAGCAUUUCCUAUACAGAUACCGAUCAGUUUGUUUAUAAAACACAGCCUCCCAGGGAGCAGCCCGACACAUCCCCUGAUGUGAUGAUGAAUAGCUACCUAGGGUUUUCUUUGGACUCAGGGAAGGGUAUUGUUUCCAAAGAUGAGAUCACUUUUGUAUCUGGUGCUCCUAGAGCCAAUCACAGCGGAGCUGUGGUUUUGCUUAAAAGAGACCUGAAGUCUGCGCACCUUCUCCCUGAGCACAUAUUUGACGGGGAAGGGCUGGCUUCUUCAUUUGGCUAUGACGUGGCAGUGGUGGACCUUAACAAAGAUGGGUGGCAAGAUAUAGUUAUUGGAGCCCCACAGUAUUUUGAUAGAAGUGGAGAAGUUGGAGGUGCAGCGUAUGUCUACAUUAACCAGCAAGGCAGAUGGAAUAAUGUCAAGCCAAUUCGUCUUAAUGGAACCAAAGAUUCUAUGUUUGGCAUUGCAGUCAAAAAUAUCGGCGAUGUUAAUCAAGAUGGCUACCCAGAUAUUGCAGUUGGAGCACCCUACGAUGGUAAGGGGAAGGUUUUUAUCUACCACGGAUCUGCGAACGGAAUAAAUACCAAACCAACACAGAUUCUCGAGGGUAAAUCACCUUUUUUUGGAUAUUCAAUUGCCGGAAACAUGGACCUUGAUAGAAAUUCCUACCCUGAUGUUGCUGUUGGUUCCCUCUCAGAUUCAGUAACUAUUUUCAGAUCCCGGCCUGUGAUUAAUAUUCAGCAAACCAUCACAGUUACACCUAACAGAAUUGAUCUCCAUCAGAAAAUGCCCUGCGGGGCGCCUAGCGGGAUAUGCCUGAAGGUUAAGGCCUGUUUUGAAUAUACUGCCAAACCCACUGGUUACAACCCUUCAAUAACCAUUGUGGGCACACUGGAGGCUGAAAAGGAAAGAAGAAAAUCUGGGCUGUCAUCAAGAGUUCAGUUUCGAAACCAAGGUUCUGAGCCCAAGCAUACGCAAGAGCUCACUCUGAGCAGGCAGAAGCAGAAGACGUGCAUGGAGGAAACCUUCUGGCUCCAGGAAAAUAUCAGAGAUAAACUGCGUCCCAUCCCCAUAACAGCUUCAGUAGAGAUCCAAGAGCCAAGCACUCGGAGGCGAGUGAAUUCGCUUCCAGAAGUUCUUCCAAUUCUGAAUUCAAACAAACCCAAGUCUGUUCAUACAGAUGUGCACUUCUUAAAAGAGGGAUGUGGAGACGACAAUGUAUGUAACAGCAACCUUAAUCUAGAAUAUAAAUUUUGUACCCGAGAAGGAAGUCAAGACAAAUUUUCUUAUUUACCAAUUCAAAAAGGUGUACCAGAGCUAAUUCUAAAAGAUCAGAAGGACAUUGCUUUAGAAAUAACAGUGACAAACAGCCCUUCCAACCCAAAGAAUCCCACCAAAGAUGGUGACGACGCUCAUGAAGCUAAACUCAUCGCCACUUUUCCGGACACUUUGACUUAUUCUGCAUAUAGAGAACUGAGGGCUUUCCCUGAGAAACAGUUGAGUUGUGUUGCAAACCAGAACGGCUCACAAGCAGACUGCGAGCUUGGGAAUCCUUUUAAAAGAAAUUCCAGUGUUACUUUUUAUCUAAUUUUAAGUACAACUGAGAUCACCUUUGACACCACAGAUCUGGAUAUUAAUCUGAAGUUGGAAACAACAAGCAAUCAAGAUAAUUUGGCUUCAAUUACAGCUACAGCAAGAGUGGUUAUUGAACUGCUUUUAUCAGUCUCCGGAGUUGCUAAACCUUCCCAGGUGUAUUUUGGAGGUACAGUCAUUGGUGAGCAAGCUAUGAAAUCUGAAGAGGAAGUGGGAAGUUUAAUUGAGUAUGAGUUCAGGGUGAUUAACUUGGGCAAACCUCUUAAAAACCUCGGCACAGCAACCUUGAAUAUCCAGUGGCCAAAAGAAAUUAGCAAUGGCAAAUGGUUGCUUUAUUUGGUGAAAGUAGAAUCCAAAGGAUUGGAAAAGAUAGCUUGUCAGCCACAAAAUGAAAUAAACUUCCUGAAACUAAAGGAGGCUCACCACUCAAGAAAGAAACGAGAAAUUGCUGAAAGACAGACAGACGAUGGUAGAAAAUUUUCUUUAUUUGCUGAAAGAAAAUACCAGACCCUCAACUGCAGCGUGAAUGUGAACUGUGUGAACAUCGAGUGCCCGCUCCGAGGGCUGGAUAGCAAGGCCUCCGUGGUUCUGCGCUCGAGGCUCUGGAACAGCACGUUUCUGGAGGAGUACUCCAAGAUGAACUACCUGGACAUUCUCGUGAGGGCUUCCAUUGAUGUAACUGCUGCCACCGAGAAUAUUAAGCUGCCCAAUGCAGGCACUCAGGUUCGUGUGACUGUGUUUCCCUCAAAGACUGUAGCUCAAUAUUCAGGAGUACCUUGGUGGAUCAUCCUAGUGGCUAUUCUUGCUGGGAUUUUGAUGCUUGCUCUAUUAGUAUUUUUACUAUGGAAGUGUGGAUUCUUUAAACGCUCUAGGUACGACGAUAGUGUUCCCCGAUACCAUGCUGUAAGGAUCCGGAAAGAGGAGCGAGAGAUCCAAGAUGAAAAGUAUAAUGAUAACCUUGAAAAAAAACAGUGGAUCACGAGGUGGAAUGAAAAUGAAAGCUACUCCUAA